CCCUUGAACUGGUACUCUGUCCAAGACUCGAGGGGCUUAGAAAUUCAUUCAUGACGGCGGACCAUAGAAAGAGCGUGAAAUAAAGUAGCUAUCAACGCACCAGCGAAGAUGUCCAUAAGGAUUCCACCACAAGUGGUUGACAUUCCAUGGAGGAAUAACAACUUCAGCCUUAUGAGCAGGGAUCCCCCGUUGUCGGAUCAAGGAGAGACCAUCAUCGGCGUCUACCUGUUGAUUCUGGGCUGGCUCUCAUGGUUUGGCAACAGUGUGGUCAUCUUCGUCCUGUUCCGCCAACGCUACAGCCUCCAGCCCACCGACUACCUCACCCUCAACCUGGCCAUCUCGGACGCCAGCAUCUCCGUCUUCGGCUACUCCCGCGGCAUCAUCGAGAUCUUCAACGUCUUCCAGGAUGGCGGCUUCCUCAUCACCUCCGUGUGGACGUGCCAGGUGGACGGUUUUUGCACACUGCUCUUUGGCCUGGGGAGCAUCAACACCCUCACCGUCAUCAGCAUCACUAGAUACAUCAAAGGAUGCCACCCAAGUAAAGCGCACUGUAUCACCAACACCACCGUCGCCAUGGCUGUGAUGUUCAUCUGGAUGGGCUCCUGCUUCUGGUCGGCAGCGCCCCUACUGGGCUGGGGGAGCUACACAGACCGAGGCUACGGGACGUGUGAGGUGGACUGGGCCAAAGCCAACUACUCCACCAUCCACAAGUCCUACAUCAUCACCAUCCUCAUCUUCUGCUUCUUCAUCCCCGUCAUGAUCAUGCUCUUUUCCUACGUGUCCAUCAUUAAGACGGUCAAGCGCGGAAACGCCAUGGCCUCCGAGGGCGACAUCACCGACCGCCAGCGCAAGAUCGAGAGGGACGUCACCAUCGUCUCCAUCGUGAUCUGCACGGCGUUCAUCCUGGCGUGGUCGCCGUACGCCGUGGUCUCCAUGUGGUCGGCGUGGGGCUUCCACGUGCCGAGCCUGACCAGCAUCUUCACGCGCCUCUUCGCCAAGUCGGCCAGCUUCUACAACCCGCUCAUCUACUUCGGCCUGAGCGCCAAGUUCCGCAAGGACGUGGCCAUUCUACUGCCCUGUGCCGGCGAGAGCAAGGACACGGUCAAGCUCAAGCGCUUCAAGAACCUCAAGGGGAAGCAGGAGGGCGGAGGAGGGGGACAGCACCGGCGGAGGGAGCAGGGGGAGAGGGGGGAGGCCAGGCCGCCCGCCCAGAAGAAGGACGAGAAGGGCGAGUCGCCGUACCUGACGCCCAGCCCGGACUCGGGGGUCGGGAGCACGCCCAGGACCCCGCCGCAAGCCGUGGAGGACCCGCCCGUGUUCGUCAUCGACUUCCCACACUCGGAGUCGCCCGGGUACGAGAUAGACAGACUGUAAAAGCGUACGUACCUACCUACACCUUGAGGUCAAAGGAGGUUUUGAUAGGGAGGUGGAAUAUGUGGUGUUUUAGUUGUCAAAAAAUUGGCAUAUUGUUUACCUAUUUCUUUCCUUCCCCUGAAAUUUAUAUUAAAGGGACACCAGGCAAGCCUGAUGCUUUUUCUCUACAAAACUCC